AUAACGUUCCUCCCGAGCGCCAGGUUGCAGGCAAAGGGUGAAAAUGCAGCGCGCGAGAGCCCACAGUUUCCGCGCAAGGGAGGGGGAGUCGGGAGAGCGCUGGGGCUCGAGGAGCAAGGCGGAGGAGGAGACCACAGCGAAGGAGGCGGGACGAGCCGUCCGGCUGGCCGCAGCCCAAUGAAAACUACUCGCGGGCCCUGGCUGGCGCGCAGCGCGGGCGCGCUGCGCCGAGGGGAUGCCGCCAGCGCAGCCACGCGGCGGCGCGCGCCUCUGCCAGAGCUCUCGGGCCCAGCUAGCGUACCUUUAAACGAUUCCGCCCCGCGGGCAGACAGGGGGCAAUGGCAGCGGGGGAAGGAGGAGGAGGAGGAGGAAACAUUUUUGAGGAGCACGGAGGUCCAAAGGAGGAGAGGGCUCGGAGCGAUCUCCGCGGAGCCGCGCAGCAAAGGGAGCGGCCGCCAGCCGCGCGCGCGGGCCGCCCCCCCGGGCACACCCUGCGUGGAGCGGCGCGCUGGGCGGCGACGCCCCCCCCCCCCCCGGGGCGACGGGCGCGGCUUGCCGAGGAGGGCCUUCUCCCCGACGGCGGCCUCGGCGGCGGCGACGCCGCGGCGGCUUCGCGCGACGGACGUCACCUGCAAGCCAGCAUUGCAGCUUGACGCGCUUUGUCGCGAACGGCACACAUAUUGA